AUGCCCGGUGGAGGACACAAGUUUGAGCGCCAUGCCUCAGUCACGCAGCAGCGUCGACUGGCGCUACAGUACGAGCGCAACGCUUGGUUAGGGCCGCCGUCAGAUACUAUCUACGCCGGUGUCUCCAGCGAUUUUGAAGAUCACUAUACAUCAACUAUUGCAAUCGCAAUGCGCGACACUACAUAUUUACUAGACUUCAUCGAGAAGCAGUUCUCAAAUGGCCAAGCAUCUGCAGAGGAAGCCACCGAGUUCAUCAUUUCCGAGCUGAAGGCGUAUUCCAUGCACCAUUUGGAGAAAACCGUUGGGAUAUCUAUGCCUGAACAAGUUGCAAAUCACUGCCCUCGACUAUGUCCUCGCCUUUGGGCAGAGCUCGAUAUUAUUCCGUUGGUCUUGUCAAACGCAACUCUAAUAGACAGAGUCAGCAUCGAACAGGCUAGCGAGAGUCAAAAGCCGAAAUCUAAUGGAUGGGAUGAAAAAACCAUCGAUGAACAGGCUGAAUCCAUGGCACGAAAAGGGGUUAGACUAUUUGGACCAGAAAAUACGCCUCUAUUACAAGUGGGCUUCCUCGGGCUCGUGGAGGUGGACACAGCUUACCAUGUGCGAAUUGCGGACUUGAGUGAUUUCCAGAAAACAGUCUCGGAUAGAACUUGGACUGCGGUGCAACGCUACGCCACUGAAUUGAAAGAACGCAAUGUCAAAGUGGCAUUUUUUAGUUCCACGCCUCAGGGUGGUGGUGUGGCUCUGAUGCGGCACGCUCUUUUGCGAUUUUCACAUUGUCUAGGCACUGACAUCAAAUGGUACGUCCCGAAACCGCGGCCGGGGGUCUUCCGGGUAACCAAAACGAAUCACAAUAUUCUACAAGGUGUUGCCCAGGGUGAUGAGCGGUUAACAUCAGAAAACAUGAAGCUCCUGCAGGAGUGGAUUGAGGAGAACGCCAGGCGAUACUGGACCCGAGCAGGGGGACCUUUACUUUCACCGUCAGAGGGCGGUGCAGAUGUCAUAGUCGUUGACGAUCCUCAGAUGCCAGGCCUCAUCCCCAUUGCAAGGAAACUAGCUCCAAAUCGACCAAUCAUUUUCCGAAGCCACAUCCAAAUCCGAAGUGAUCUGGUUGCAGAACCUGGCUCCCCACAGGCAGAGGCCUGGGAAUAUCUAUGGGACAACAUAAAACACGCGGACUGUUUUAUCAGUCACCCUGUGAGCGCCUUCGUGCCACGGAACGUGCCCCAAGAGAUGGUAGGCUAUAUGCCUGCAGCAACUGACUGGUUGGAUGGACUGAACAAGACCAUGCGAGACUGGGACAUCGCGCACUAUGGGCGAAUAUUUAAUGCAGCCUGUCGCAACGCAGAUAUGCCAACUAUCCAAUGGCCUGAGGAUUCAUAUAUCGUCCAGAUCGCACGGUUCGACCCGUCAAAGGGUAUCGUGGAUGUGUUAGUUUCCUACGAGAAAUUCUACAACAAGCUAGUAGCCGAAGCGCCAAAUGUGGUCCCUCCCAAACUGCUAAUUUGUGGACACGGAUCAGUGGAUGAUCCGGAUGGAGGGCACAUCUACGACGAGAUCAUCGACUACUUGGACACUAAAGUCCCAGAUAUCCGCCACUUGAUCUGCGCAGUGCGAUUGCGGCCCUGCGAUCAAGUCCUGAAUGCGAUUCUCUCCAAGGCCACCGUCGCACUGCAACUGUCUACAUCCGAAGGUUUCGAGGUCAAAGUAUCCGAGGCAAUCCACAAAGGCAAACCAGUCAUCGCCACGCGCACCGGUGGUAUCCCGCUGCAGGUGGCGCACGGGAAAAAUGGGUUCCUGGUUGAUGUGGGUGAUACCGAUGCAGUGGCGCAGCGCUUGUUUGAGCUCUGGACGGAUCACGAUCUGUACCUCCGCAUGUCCGAGUACGGCAUCCAUAAUGUUAGUGACGAAGUGAGUACCGUGGGCAAUGCUCUUGCCUGGAUGUAUCUCUCUACCAAGUUGUCGCGUGGCGAGUCUGUUCAGCCUAAUGGACGUUGGAUCGAUGAUAUGGCGUUUGAAGAGCUUGGAAUCCCCAAUAAGGACAAGGAACUGCGACUUAAACGCGCAGUCGAGGUGAAAAAUAUGGGUUAG